AUGCUCACCACACUCGCUCGUGCCAGUGCCAUGGCACCAAAAACCCGCCUCCUUCUCGGAGCGCGGGGUUUUGCCUCUGCCGCUGACCUUGACAAGAAGGUCGAGAUGACCAACUGGGAGAAGGGCAACCACAUCAACUACAAGAAAAUGGCCGAGAACCUCGACAUUGUGCGCGCUCGUCUUAACCGCCCACUCACCUUUGCCGAGAAGAUUCUCUACUCCCAUCUUGACGACCCUCAUGGUCAGGAGAUCGAGCGUGGAAAGUCCUACCUCAAGCUCCGCCCAGACCGUGUUGCCUGCCAGGACGCCACCGCUCAGAUGGCCAUCCUUCAGUUCAUGUCUGCUGGCAUGCCAUCGGUCGCUACUCCUGCCACCGUCCACUGUGACCACUUGAUUGAGGCCCAGCUCGGCGGUGACAAGGAUCUUGCCCGUGCCAACGAGAUCAACAAGGAGGUCUACGACUUCCUGUCCACCUCUUGUGCCAAGUACAACAUCGGUUUCUGGAAGCCCGGAUCCGGUAUUAUCCACCAGAUCUUGCUCGAGAACUACUGUUUCCCCGGUGGUUUGAUGAUCGGUACCGAUUCUCACACUCCUAACGGUGGUGGUCUUGGUAUGGCUGCUAUCGGUGUUGGUGGUGCUGAUGCUGUCGACGUCAUGGCUGGUCUUCCCUGGGAAUUGAAGGCCCCCAACGUCAUCGGUGUCAAGCUCACUGGUCAAAUGUCUGGCUGGACUGCCCCCAAGGAUAUCAUCCUCAAGGUUGCUGGUAUUCUCACCGUCAAAGGUGGCACUGGUGCCAUCAUUGAAUACCAUGGUGAUGGUGUCAACUCCCUCUCAUGCACUGGUAUGGGUACCAUCUGUAACAUGGGUGCCGAAAUUGGUGCUACAACCUCCCUCUUCCCCUUCAACGACCGCAUGUACGACUACCUUAAGGCUACUAAGCGUCAGUCCAUUGGUGACUUCUCUCGCGUCUACGCCGAGGGACUCCGCCCUGACGAGAACGCCCAGUAUGACCAACUCAUUGAGAUCAACCUCAGCGAGCUAGAGCCACACAUCAACGGUCCUUUCACCCCCGACCUUGCUACCCCCAUCUCCAAGUUCAAGGAGGCCGUUAAGGAAAACAACUGGCCCUCUGAACUCAAGGUCGGUCUCAUUGGAUCUUGCACCAACUCCUCCUACGAGGAUAUGUCCCGCGCUGCUUCCAUUGCCCGUGAUGCUCUCAACCAUGGCAUCAAGGCCAAGUCCCUCUUCACCGUGACCCCCGGAUCCGAGCAGAUUCGUGCCACAAUCGAGCGUGACGGUCAACUCAAGACCCUCGAGGAAUUUGGCGGUGUUAUCCUUGCCAACGCCUGUGGCCCCUGCAUUGGCCAGUGGGAUCGUAAGGACGUCAAGAAGAAUGAAGCCAACUCUAUCAUCUCCUCUUACAACCGUAACUUCACUGGUCGUAACGAUGCCAACCCUGCCACGCAUGCCUUCGUCACCUCUCCUGACCUCGUUGUUGCUCUCACCAUCGCCGGUACCCUCAACUUUAACCCAUUGACCGACAAGCUCAAGGACAAGGACGGAAACGAGUUCAUGCUCGCUCCUCCAACCGGUGAGGGUCUGCCAGCCAAUGGCUACGACCCAGGCCGUGACACCUACCAAGCUCCUCCAGCUGACCGUGCUUCCAUCAGCGUUGCCGUCAACCCAUCCAGUGACCGUCUCCAGAUCCUUGAGCCAUUCAAGGCUUGGGAUGGAAAGGACGCCAAGGGCAUUCCAAUUCUCAUCAAGUGUGAGGGCAAGACCACCACUGACCACAUCUCCAUGGCCGGUCCCUGGCUCAAGUACCGUGGCCAUCUUGACAACAUCUCCAACAACCUUCUCAUCGGUGCUGUCAACGCCGAAAAUGGUGAGCGCAACAGCGUCAAGAACUUCGAGACUGGCGAAUACGACUCCGUCCCUGCCACCGCCCGUGCCUACAAGGCCCGCGGCAUCCCAUGGGUUGUCAUUGGUGACUGGAACUACGGAGAAGGUUCUUCCCGUGAACACGCUGCUCUUCAGCCCCGCCAUCUCGGUGGCAUGGCCAUCAUCACCCGCUCCUUCGCCCGUAUCCACGAGACCAACCUUAAGAAGCAGGGAAUGCUUCCCCUUACCUUCGCUGAUCCCGCUGACUACGACCGCAUCCCACCAACUGCCAUGGUUGACUUGAUGUGCACCGAGCUCGCCGUUGGCAAGCCAAUGACUCUCCGUGUCCACCCCAAGGACGGCGCUUCCUUCGACGUCAAGCUCUCCCACACCUUCAACGAGAGCCAGAUCGAAUGGUUCAAGAACGGAAGCGCCUUGAACACCAUGGCCAAGAAGGCUCAGUAA